AUGCUGUGGCUGCUGCUCCUGACCCUCCCCUGCCUGGGGGGCUCUGUGCCCGGGAACCCAGAGCCCGGCGCGGGGCGUGAGCUGGUGGGCAUCGUCGGGGGCUGCGACGUCUCGGCCAGGAGGUACCCCUGGCAGGUCAGCUUGAGGUUCUACAGCAUGGAGAAGGGCCUGUGGGAGCACAUCUGCGGGGGCUCCCUCAUCCACCCAGAGUGGGUGCUGACCGCCGCCCACUGCCUCCAGCCGGAGGAACUGGAGGCCUGUGCGUUCCGGGUGCAGGUCGGGCAGCUGAGGCUCUGUGAGGACGACCAGCCGACGAAGGUGGUUGAGAUCGUCCGUCAUCCCCGGUACAACAAGAGCCUGUCUGCCCAGGGCGGUGCGGACAUCGCCCUGCUGAAGCUGGAGGCCCCAGUGCCGCUGUCUGAGCUUGUCCACCCGGUCUCGCUCCCGCCUGCCUCCCUGGACGUGCCCUCGGGGAAGACCUGCUGGGUGACCGGCUGGGGUGACAUUGGACAUGGAGAACCACUGCCCUGGCCCCUCGGCUUGCGGGAGGUGAGGGUGAAGGUCAGGAGCAACGUCCUCUGUAACCAGAUCUAUUGCCGCCGCUUUCCUUCCAACCACACUGAGCCGCCUGAACAGCUCAUCAAGGACGACAUGCUGUGUGCCGGGGACGGGAACCACGGCUCCUGCCUAGGCGACACCGGGGGCCCCCUGGUGUGCAGGUGGAACUGCACCUGGGUCCAGGUGGGGGUGGUGAGCUGGGGCACCUUCUGCGGUCACAGCGACGUCCCCGGCGUGUACGCCCGCGUGACGAGCUACAUGUCCUGGAUCCACCAGCACGUCCGUCCCUUCCCUGGGGCUGCAGGGGCGUUCACGUGA